UCUCACUGAGUACUGUUGAUUCUAUACUAAAGAAUUACAAGUCUAGCUACAAGUUUUGAUAAGAACAUAAAAGUGAAGUUUCUGUAUAAUUGUGGAAGUAUUAAAGAUGAAGGUUGAACCAUUUUCUGAUGAGAAGCAGGAAGAUUUGUUGGAUAUUAAAUUGGAGAAAAGUGAAGAAGAAACUUUCACAAUAACUAAUACUACGGGAAAUGCUGAUUACAUGAUAGAAAGAUCUCUACAUACCAUUUUGAAGUUUGGUAUGAUAAAAGAGGAGAAAGAAGAUAACUGUGAUGGAGCAACAGUGAAAACUGAGAACAUAUUUGUCCAAGAGAAAACAGAGCAUCCUGAUGAUCUGUUAGAAGGUGAUAUUAUUUCAAAGUUCAGUGACAGCAAUGAUGAUGAUCUGAAUAAUUUAAACUAUAAUGACAUGGAUGUGAAAACAAAAAUAGAAUUUCAGGAAGAAAUUGAAUCGGUGUUAGAAACUACAUCUGAUAUGAAGACCAGUGUGAACAUGUGUCCUGGUAAUCAUGUUAUAAAACAUGAAGAUCACUUUCCUGAAGCUAUAAAAUCCCCCAAACCAAACUGUGGUAUAUGUGGAGAAACAACUUUAAAUGGAAAUAACCAAAAAGUAUUUAAUAUACCUAAAUGUAAUGGUAAAGUAUACAGUUGUGUAAUCACUGGAAAAGAAUUUGGAACAGUGGAUACCCUAACACAACAAAGAAGGAUACAGUUUGGAGAGAAACAAUAUCAUUGUGCAGUUUAUGAAAAACACUUUGAGAGAAAUACUUCCUUAGAACAACAUGAAAGAAGAGAUCCUGGGGAGAAACCUUACAGUUGUAAAGUUUGUGAAAAACAAUUUCGAAUAAAAGGUAACUUAAAAAGCCAUCAAAAAGUACACAGUGGAGAGAAACCAUACAGUUGUUCAGUUACCUUAAAAAAGCAUCAAAGAAUACACACCAGUGAGAAACCUUACAGUUGUAAAGUGUGUGGAAAACAUUUUGUAGAAAAUAGUAAAUUAAAACAACAUCAAAGAAUACACACUGGGGAGAAACCUUACAGUUGUACAACAUGUGGAAAACAUUUUAUAGUAAGUAGUAACUUAAAACAGCACCAAAGAACACACACUGGGGAGAAACCAUUCAGUUGUGGAAUUUGUAGAAAACACUUUGGAUCAAAGGGUGAAUUAAAACAACAUCUAAGAACACACACCGGAGAGAAACCUUACAAUUGUACAGUUUGUGAAAAACAAUUCAGAACACGCAGUACACUGAAAAUACAUCAAAAGGUACAUAGUGUGGAGAAACCUUAUAGUUGUUCAGUGUGUGGAAAAUGCUUUGGAAGAAAUAAUUACUUAAAAUCACACCAAAGAAUACAUACUGGGGAGAGACCUUACAGAUGUGCAGUUUGUGGAAAACACUUUGGAUCAAAGAGUGAAUUAAAACAACAUCUAAUAACACAUACUGGGGAGUAACCUUACAGUUAUAGCUGUACAGUGUGUGGAAAACACUUUGCAAGAAGUUGUGCCUUAAAAGAACAUUGUAAAAUACAUACUGAGAAGAAACCAUAGUUGUAAAUUUUGUGGAAAACAAUUUUUUUAAGAAACUGUAGCUAAAAAUACAUUAGAGAGUACACACUUGUGAGAAAAGUAAGAAAAUUAAGUCUUAGGGUUUAGAAUACCAAAAAUUGGGUUUUGUUAUUAGUGGUUAACACAGAACAGAUCUCCUAUUGUGUAGCUUUUUAACAUAUAACAUUAAAUGACAAGUGACCUUUUGGUCCACCUUGGCUGUCCUAUUCACUAAAUUAAACUAAACUCUAGAAAAAAAAAACUCAAAGCCAGUCCUUCUCAUUAAAAUAUUUAUCAAACUUUCCUGUAAAUUCACUUAAAUUAACUGAUUUCACAACAAAUAAAGGCAAUCUGUCCCAAACCUAACCACCCGUUUAGAGAAAUAAAGCUGUCUUAGUAUUCUCACCAUUGAAUAUGAUAAAAUAUGAUGCAUCAUAACUUUUAAUUUCCCAUAACUAUCUUAAACUCCUCACUCAGAUCAUUUCUAAUUCUUUUUUUUUUCAAGAGGAAACAUAUUCAUAGAUCUCAACUUAUCCUCAAAUGAUAAAAUCCCUAUCUCAGGUAUGAUCAUAGUAGACAAACCCUUACAGUUAUAUAGCUUGUAGAAUACAGCUUAGAUCAGUGGUUCCCAGCCUUUGCUCCACCAAGGACCCCUUUUAUUAUAAUUUUUUUCCACACGGACCCCAUGUUUUUGAA